CCGCUCCUCCUUCCGCCGGAGUGAGUGACGCACCCCCUUGGGCCAUGGAGGCCGAAGAGACGAUGGAAGGCCUCCAAGAGUUCCCCGAACACCACAAAAUGAUCCUGGACCGAUUGAAUGAGCAGCGGGAGCAAGACCGCUUCACGGACAUCACCCUGAUCGUGGACGGACAUCAUUUUAAGGCCCAUAAAGCUGUUUUGGCUGCUUGCAGCAAGUUCUUCUACAAAUUCUUUCAGGAAUUUACUCAGGAACCUUUGGUGGAGAUAGAAGGUGUCAGUAAAAUGGCAUUUCGUCAUUUAAUUGAGUUUACAUAUACAGCAAAGUUAAUGAUACAAGGUGAAGAAGAAGCCAAUGAUGUAUGGAAAGCAGCAGAGUUCCUACAAAUGCUAGAAGCUAUCAAAGCCCUUGAAGUCAGGAACAAAGAAAACUCAGCUCCACUAGAGGAAAAUACCACAGGAAAAAGUGAAGCAAAAAAAAGAAAGAUUGCAGAAACAUCAAAUGUUAUCACUGAGUCCUUGCCAUCUGCAGAAUCAGAACCUGUUGAAAUUGAAGUGGAGAUUACUGAAGGUACAAUAGAAGUGGAAGAUGAAGGCAUCGAAACAUUAGAGGAGAUGGCUUCUGCCAAACAGUCCAUAAAGUACAUUCAGAGCACAGGCUCCUCUGAUGAUUCGGCUCUAGCGCUUUUGGCAGAUAUUACCAGCAAGUACCGCCAGGGUGAUAGGAAAGGACAGAUAAGCGAAGACGAUGGCUGUGCAUCUGACCCAGCAAGCAAACAGGUAGAAGGUAUUGAAAUUGUGGAACUUCAGCUGUCACAUGUGAAGGACUUAUUCCAUUGUGAGAAAUGUAACCGUUCAUUUAAAUUGUUUUACCAUUUUAAGGAACACAUGAAAUCACACUCCACUGAGAGUUUCAAGUGUGAAAUAUGCAAUAAAAGGUACCUUCGGGAAAGUGCAUGGAAACAGCAUCUCAGUUGUUACCACCUUGAAGAAGGUGGAGUAAGUAAGAAGCAGAGAACUGGGAAAAAAAUUCACAUAUGUCAGUACUGUGAUAAACAGUUUGACCAUUUUGGACAUUUUAAAGAGCAUCUUCGAAAACAUACAGGUGAAAAACCGUUUGAAUGUCCAAAUUGCCAUGAACGGUUUGCUAGAAAUAGCACCCUCAAAUGUCACCUGACGGCAUGCCAAACUGGAGUGGGGGCUAAAAAGGGAAGAAAGAAGCUUUAUGAAUGUCAGGUCUGUAACAGUGUGUUCAACAGCUGGGACCAGUUCAAAGAUCACUUGGUGAUACACACUGGAGAUAAACCCAACCAUUGUACUUUAUGUGACUUGUGGUUUAUGCAAGGAAACGAAUUAAGUAGGCAUCUCAGUGAUGCUCAUAAUAUUUCAGAGCGUCUAGUCACAGAUGAAAUUCUUUCUGUAGAAACCCAUGUGCAAACUGAACCUGUGACGUCAAUGACUAUAAUAGAACAAGUCGGGAAGGUACAUGUGUUGCCACUGCUUCAGGUACAAGUGGACUCAGCACAAGUGACUGUAGAACAGGUCCAUCCAGAUCUGCUGCAGGAUGGCCAAGUGCAUGAUUCACACAUGGGUGAGCUUCCAGAGCAGGUUCAGGUGAGUUACCUGGAAGUAGGUCGAAUUCAGACGGAAGAAGGAACUGAAGUCCAUGUAGAGGAGCUCCAUGUUGAACGGGUAAAUCAGAUGCCAAUGGAAAUACAAACUGAACUUCUAGAAGCAGACUUGGAUCAAAUGGCCCCAGAAAUCAUGAACCAGGAAGAGGAGAGAGAAACUAGCCAAACAGAUGCUGCUGAAAUUGCCAGGGAAGAUCACGAAGAUGCAGAUGGUGUAGCGACCGAAUCACCAGUGGAUUCCCAUGCUGAAAAGGCAGGGAAUGAAAACAGAACACCUGUACCAGUUUUGGACUGAAAUGACACAUGAAUAUAUUUUUACAUUAUAUGUUGGGUUUUUGAACUGAUGGGCAGUGUGACUGUCCUUAAGCUAACAGACAAGUGGACCAAAGUUAAAUUCUUCUCCUGUUGUGCUGAACUGUUUCUGUUGGAGUAAACUGAUUCUUACCUUACCCCCGUUAAUGCCACAGAGGAGGGAUUUUUUUCCCCCUAUAAGUGAAGAGGGACGUUUUGAGAGGUUUAUUUCUGGAAACUUAAAUGAAUUAUAUUCAUAAUAUAUAGUUGGGUACGAACACCUAUUUUCAUUAUGAUAAGGGUUCGCCCUUCUCUUUUACCCCCAGGUCAUGCCCUCCUAAUUCUUUUUCCAUAUUGUAAAAUCGAACAAAUCAUUAGAAUACAAUCCUAUGUAUUCUAAUGCAUGUUAGAAAAUUGAAUAUAUAGGAAACACAAGGUUGCAUGAAGAAGUGCAUUGUUACUGUGCAGUUCAAGUUUUGGCUUCUGGCUUUCUUUAGUUUGAAUUAUCUUCUUGUCUACCUUAAUAGUCACAGACUUCAUCUCUAUACCUGAAACAGAAUGGUGAUGGCAAAUUUCUAGAAUGUCAAAAAAAAAAAAAAUCCACACUCAUGUGCCUUUUCAAAACCAACUAAACUACUAUGAAGCAUCUCUGGUUCUUUCAAAGUUUGUGUUCUAGGGAGUGAUGUAGAUGAUACUAUAGUACUUCUAAGGAACAAUGUAGAUGUUGCUAGUACUUUAUAUUUUUGCUUAUUUCACUUGUUGGGAAUUUCAUUUUAUGGCAGCUGAAAGGCCAGUUUCAAUUGGAAAAAUUCAUUUAUAUCUGUGGUAAAUUUUAUUUUGAUGAAAAGUUGCACUAGUAUUUUUAUCACCAGAUGAAAGAAAAGCAUCACUUAAAAAUUAAUGUAUUUAAAAAUACAGAAAAAAUGUAUAUAAUCUAUCAGGCUUUGUUUUGACAGAAUCCCUCCCCCCUCCAAUCCUUAAUGUAAAGAUCUUGUGCUAUAACUUUUAAAGCCAUACAAAUAAGAGUGCUAAACUGUGGACUUAAAAGUAGAUGUGUAAAUAUUUUUAAUCAGUAUUACUUGGGAAAUAAAAUAUAACCACAAAAUGAUCCAAUAUGCUAUUUUCUUUACCUGUUAAAUUUUGGGAGAUAUUUACAUUUUUAAAGUAAACUUUAAAAUAAUGUGUCCUUGA